CCAAGUGAUAAAUAUUCCAAAUGAAAUCAUGUCGUCUUUGAACGAGUGGCUGUGGUGAACUGCAUGUUCAUCAGAGUUUGUGGGUGAGGCCUCAUGCUUUGAUAGCGGUUCCCUUCUUCCUUCGCCUGAUUCUCUGGUGAAAUUUCUCUCGGGAAAAGACUUCGACAUCGAAAAUGACCGCGGCUCCUUUUUCUAACACACAAACUUUCUGUUGGCCGUUCGAUCUGCCUCGCUGGAUUCGUUGAUGCAUGGUUAUUCCUUGGACAAACAUCCUCUAGUAUCUUUUACGACAAUCAUUGUGCCCAUGGACAUAGUCAAUCUUCUGAGACAGUUUCGGCCUGGUGCUCAGGUCGAUGCAGUCCCAUCUUGGUAUCACUAUUUCUAGAAGAUACCUUACUUACUACCCAUGUUCCAAGAAUCCAGCAAUUCAAUGCAACUCACACCGCGGACCAUGUUGAUGAUGAGAUCUUUCAAGAAUCCUUACAGUUUUUCAAAAUCGAGGCAGAUGCUUAAAAGGCCAAGGAUCCACAAUACACUGUACAGAUUGAUGGACUUCGCCACCAAGAUGAUCAAAGCACCACUGCCACCUAUUGGCGGUCUCCGCUUGCAACGACGUAGCAUCCCUCAUUGGACCGUUGGUACUGGGAAUUACUUUGCCUUCUGUCCGACUCUCGUCGGUCUGAAGACCCACCCGCCACCCCCUGUUCGUCUAUCAGACAUUCGCUGUGUUCUGGAUGUUCAGGACCGAAAUGGACUACCAGAAUGGCGGCUGGCUUGCCGACGAAAUGGGGGCAAAUCUGACAACCAAAUGAACCGCUACAUCGUUGCAGCCGGGCGUGACGCACAAUAUAUUGCCGAAGUUCUGUUCUCGCCCCGUCCAGACUGUUCCGAUUUCGACAGAGUGCGGGUUUAUGUGGACUAUGGAAGAAGAGUGGAGGAGACCGUGGAAGGAGACAGAUUGGCCUGGAAGCUGGGAACGGUGGUUUCGAAAAAAUCGUUUUAAGAAAUCUUAUUUUGAAAUUUGGACGAUGCUACAUGGGUGUGUUAACCUGACUAUAUGUUGAAUGAGCU